AUGGGCUUCAAUCAAAAACUAACUCUGUCUGUAGCUGUGCUGCUGUUCAUUAACCAAUCUUCUUGCCUCAAUAAUGGACUUGGCAAGACUCCUGCAAUGGGAUGGAACACUUGGAACAAAUACAACUGUGACAUCUCAGAGGACAUAAUAAAGCAAAAUGCUAAGAAAAUUGUAGACCUUGGUCUAGACAAAAUUGGAUAUGUCUAUAUUAAUAUCGAUGAUUGUUGGUAACUUGCUGAUAGAGAUGCCAAUGGAAACGUUCAAGCUGAUUUAACAAAAUUUCCUAAUGGUAUGAUGGCUGUUGGAGAUUAUAUUCACACAUUAGGGUUGAAAUUCGGUAUUUAUUCAUCUGCUGGUACCUAAACUUGCUAAGGCAAAGCUGGAAGCUUGGGCUUUGAAAAAUAAGAUGCCUAAUACUAUUCAAAUAUCGGCGCUGAUUAUCUUAAAUACGAUAAUUGCUUCAACUAAGGAGUACAAGGGAAAAAGAGAUACACUGAUAUGAGAGAUGCAUUGAAUUCAACAGGAAGACCAAUUUAUUAUUCAAUAUGCUCGUGGGGAACAGAAAACAUCUGGGAAUGGGGUGCAGAGACUGGUAACAGCUGGAGAACUACCCUUGAUAUUGAAAACUUCUGGGCCUCAGUAAAGUUUAAUUUUAAUUUCAAUGCCUAACUUGCUGAUUAUUCUGGCUCUGGCUCUUGGAAUGAUCCAGACAUGCUCGAGAUUGGCAACAACAAUUUGACAAUAUUUGAGGAGAAAUCUCAUUUCGCUCUUUGGUGCUUCCUAAAGGCUCCGCUAAUUCUCGGAAACGAUCUUGUGAACAUGGGUCCAGAGGUGCUUGCUAUAAUAUCAAAUUAGUAUUUGAUUGAUGUAAAUCAAAAUUCAGUGGCCCAAGCAAGAUGCAUUAUGAAUUGCCAACAAAAAAGUCAAGUUUAUCAUACUUAAGUACAUGGUAAUUAUCCAUAUGAUGCUAUACUAGUCAUGAAUUGGGACAAUAAAGAGAAAUCCUCUGUAAUGAUUGAUUUUAUGACUCUUGGGUUAGCAUAAUAUGCCUAUGACAAAUGCGAUGUAUUUGACAUGUGGGCUGGAUCACUUAUUGGUACAUAUUAGGGAAGAUACUUUGUCAAUAAUGUCUUACCUCAUAAUAAUGUAGCUCUUAAAAUUUAAUGCAAAUCUUUUACUGCUAAAGAUUUCUUAACAUCGAAGAGUUUACUAUAAUGA